AUGAAUCAAAUAACUCCAUUAAAUUAUUCAUUGAUAAGUCCAGUUACACAUAAUAUUAGCAACGAUUCAAUUAAUCAAUUAAUAAACAGAUCCUAUGAUGUAAUUGUUGACAUUGGUUGCGGUGACGGUAGUCUAACCAAAUUGUUGGCCAAUCAGCUAACGCAUAACCAGCUCAUAGGUAUCGAUUGCGUACCCGAUAUGAUAAGCUAUGCCCGCAAACAUAACAAUACAAUUGAUGGUAAGGACAACCCCAACAACCAUAUCAUUGAAUAUGUUGUACAAGAUAUGAGUGUCGAUUGGCCGGCAAUGUGUCCACAGAUCAGACAAUUGGAGUCCAAAGUUGAUCUGAUUUUUUCCAACUAUGCCCUACAAUAUAUACCGGAUAAGCAACAAUUGAUGCAAACAUUCAGUAGACUACUGUCCACUGGCGGUACAGUCUUUGCUAAUAUAUUUUUAUAUAACGAUCUAAACAAAAAGCUAUUAAUUAAUGGUCCGACAAAUCGUAGACAACAACGGUAUCAAACAAUUGCUGAACAAAUUGCUAAUUGGAAACAAUGUCUAACAAUAUCAACAUCAAGUGAUAAUCAAUAUUUGUUUUCAAUUAAACAAUUCAAAACAUUGGAUACCGUUUGGCCAAUGGAUAGGAAAACAAUUAUAGGUUUUAUGCCUGUUAUGGUCAACAGUUUUCGGUCACAAUUUACUAACCAAUCGGACUUUGAUUCGGAACUCAAUGACCACUUAUGGGACACAGUAUUCGAUGCCACCACUAACCCGACGGCUACCGAACCUAAUCCCAGUGCUUGGCAACAGUUUUUAGCCGACACUACCGUUACGAAAGUCAACUGUCAUCGUAUAGUAUUGCAAUUGAUGGCUAUUAAACAAUAA